GAGGAGGGCGCAGCGCCGGGCGAGGAAAGCACAUCGACUAAACUUCUCUUACCCCGUCGGAGCGGAGCGAAGGGUUGAAGGAACGGUAUUUGAUUGGCGGAGGAGGGAAGAGCCAAAAUCUCCGGCCAGGAAACGGCUCGGGUUUCAGGGGGAGUGACACUCCGAGGAGCCCUGGGAGGGGGCUAUAGGGAGCGAGUUUGUGGGGACGUAAGGGUAGAAAAAAACCUUUGUAAACCUGACAAAGCGUUUGAGAUCACAGCAAGUAUCCUCGGAGGAGGAGAGGACGCGCAGCCCGACGGAGGUUCCCAACUUUAAUGGAUUCUGUUUUUUCGGAGGACGUCGAAAUCUCUUGCUGACUUUAGGCUACGUGAUUUUCCAGUCUUCCCCCCCAAAAAACUGUGCAUUCCUUCUCGUUUUAAGAUGAAGUUUGCGGUACAUGGGAAGCUUAACGUGUCUCUGCGUUUUUGUUUAUAGGAAAGUAAUGAAAAGUUGAAGGGAGAACUUUGGCGGACGUAUCUCUUCUACGGAACUGCGUUUGUUUUUUUGGGGAAUAUACAAUCUCAGGAUUCCACAAGAUUUAGUGGACAUGCACGGAUUUUGGAUUUUCAGCGCAAAUUGUCCCUGAUCUGAGGGGUGGUUCGGUGGAGUUUUGGGAUAGUAAAACAAUCGCCGCCUGGCAUUUUUGUUGCAGCAGAAAGAAGUCGCCCCGUCGGGAGUGUACACAUUCCUCUCUCUGUUCGGCUCAUGCACCCGCCUGCCAUUCCGUGCAUGUGGAUCGAAACUCAACGCUUUAGUCCAUCGAGGUCAGGUGGCCGGGGGCGGAGCUUCCUGUGAGUGACAGGCCGGACAGGCUGCAGUUGAUGGUUGGGCGGAGCUCCUCAGAUGGGGUCAGAGUCCAGGGGGAGGCGGCCAGGAUGCGGAGACACGCCCUCCAGUAAGGGGAUGUCCAAGUGGGCGUGGCUGCUGGGCGUGGCCCUGCUGUCUCUGCUGAGCGUUGCCACGGCGCGCCCGCCCGUCACAGCCACCGAGGAAGAGGAGACCACGCUCGAACCCGAAGAGCCUCCGACAAAAUACCAAAUCUCAAAGCCGACGGUGUGCUCGGUGCACCCGGGCGAGCUGGUGAAGCUCGACUGCGCCCUCCCCCAGACGGGCGCGCUUCCCCAGACGGGCGCGGUCACCUGGACGAAAGACGGGUCCUCUCUCGGGCCCAGCAACCGCACCCUGAUCGGUCAGGAGUGGCUGCAGAUCCGCGACGCCACGGCCAAGGACUCGGGGCUGUACGCGUGCACGGCGCUCGGCCCCCUGGGUAGCGAGACGCUCUGCUUCAUUGUAAACGUCACAGCAGCAGCGAUGUCAGUACUGAGCGGCGUGUCGUUCACAGAUGCCAUCUCGUCCGGUGACGAUGAGGACGACACGGAGCGGUCCGAGGACCUGCCCGCGGACGGGGAGCACAUGCGGGCACCGUACUGGACGAUGCCGGAGAAGAUGGAGAAGAGGCUGCACGCAGUGCCGGCCGCCAACACGGUGAAGUUCCGGUGCGCGGCGGGGGGCAACCCGCGCCCCAAAAUGCGCUGGCUGAAGAACAGCAGACCCUUCCGACAGGAGGAGCGCAUGGGGGGCUACAAGGUCCGACACCAGCACUGGACCCUGAUCAUGGAGAGUGUGGUGCCGUCCGAUAAGGGGAACUACACCUGCCUGGUGGAGAACCAGUACGGAACCAUCAACCACACCUACACCCUGGAUGUAGUGGAGCGCUCGCCCCACCGGCCCAUCCUGCAGGCGGGGCUCCCCGCCAACACCACGGUGCGCGUGGGCGAAGACGCCCGCUUCGUCUGCAAGGUGUACAGCGACGCCCAGCCGCACAUCCAGUGGCUGCAGCACAUCGAGAAGAACGGCAGCCGCAACGGGUCCGAUGGCCUGCCCUACGUGCGCGUCCUGAAGACCGCAGGUGUUAACACUACCGAUAAGGAGAUCGAAGUUCUCUACUUGCCCAAUGUUACUUUCGAGGACGCAGGGGAGUACACCUGCUUGGCGGGUAAUUCUAUUGGGAUCUCCUAUCACACUGCUUGGUUAACGGUGAUUCCAGACGGGCCCUUGGACGGCCCCACCCUCAUGCCCCCGGACUACGUGGAGAUCGCCAUCUACUGCAUCGGAGUGUUCCUGAUCGCCUGCAUGGUGGUGAUCGUGGUGGUGUGUCGCAUGCGCACCACGGCCAAGAAGCCCGACUUCAGCAGCCAGCCGCCCGUGCACAAACUCAGCAAGCAGAUCCCUCUGCGCCGCCAGGUAACAGUGUCGUCGGACUCCAGCUCCUCCAUGAACUCCAGCACCCCGCUGGUGCGCAUCACCACCCGCCGGUCCAGCACCCAGGAGGAGGCCAUCCCCGAGUACGACCUGCCCCAGGACCCCCGCUGGGAGUACUGCCGCGACCGGCUGACGCUGGGGAAGCCCCUGGGAGAGGGCUGCUUCGGGCAGGUGGUCAUGGCGGAGGCCGUCGGCAUCGACAAGGAGAAGCCCAAAGACGCGAUCACCGUGGCGGUGAAGAUGCUGAAAGACGACGCGACGGAAAAGGACCUGUCAGACCUGGUGUCGGAGAUGGAGAUGAUGAAGAUCAUCGGGAAGCACAAGAACAUCAUCAAUCUGCUGGGGGCGUGCACGCAGGACGGCCCUCUGUACGUGAUCGUGGAGUACGCCUCCAAGGGCAACCUGCGGGAGUACCUGCGUGCGCGCCGGCCCCCUGGCAUGGAGUACUCCUACGACAUCGCCCGCGUGUCUGAUGAGCAGCUCACCUUCAAGGACCUGGUGUCCUGCACCUACCAGGUGGCCCGCGGGAUGGAGUACCUGGCCUCGCAGAAGUGCAUUCACAGGGACCUGGCUGCCAGGAACGUCCUGGUGACAGAGAGCAAUGUCAUGAAGAUCGCAGACUUCGGCCUGGCCAGAGACGUUCACAACAUCGACUAUUACAAAAAGACCACAAAUGGUCGCCUCCCAGUCAAGUGGAUGGCUCCAGAGGCCCUGUUCGACCGAGUGUACACACACCAGAGUGACGUGUGGUCUUUUGGGGUGCUGAUGUGGGAGAUCUUCACCCUGGGGGGCUCCCCGUACCCCGGAAUCCCGGUGGAGGAGCUCUUCAAGCUGCUGAAGGAGGGUCAUCGAAUGGACAAGCCGGGAAACUGCACCAAUGAGCUGUACAUGAUGAUGAAGGACUGUUGGCACGCCAUCUCGUCCCACAGACCCACCUUCAAACAGCUGGUGGAAGACCUGGAUCGCAUCCUCACCCUGGCGACCAAUGAGGAGUACCUGGACCUAUGUGCCCCCGCAGAGCAGUAUUCCCCCAGUUUUCCGGACACUCGGAGUUCGUGUUCAUCGGGCGACGACUCCGUGUUUUCCCAUGAUCCCUUGCCGGACGAGCCCUGCCUUCCCAAGUAUCAGCACAUCAAUGGAGGGGUGAAAACAUGAGGGGGGGGGGGCGCAGACUUACCCCUCCCUGCCCCCCCCUGCCCCUCACCUGCUCUGGCACCCAGAGGACUUCAGGUUGGGGGGGGCGGGCGGGCAGCUGUGCUGCUGUCGAAAAUGAACUGAGGUGUGUGAGGAACACACGCACGGACACAUGGACACACUCUCUCUCUCUCACACACACACACACACACACACACACACACACACACACACACACGUAUGCUCAAGCGUGUGGAUCCAAGCUCUUAACAAGAGGACUCUUCUCUCUGGGUUCUCCUGCCUUGACUGACCAAGCGGCCAUUCCAGGACUCUUGUAGAUUUUUUUUGUUAUUGCUUUGUCUUGUUUUCCAAGGUUCUUGAAUUUUUCCUGCGAUUUCCUGUCAUUCCGCUGACUGGCAUUCCAAGACUUUUUUUUUUUUUUUUCCCGAGGGAAGAGUGAAAGGAGGGAUGCGAGAAUGAAAAACAAGAAACGAACUGAAAGAUAAAAAAAGAAAAAGACACAGGAGAACAGAAUACAGACACUGUCAUUUAUUUUGUAAUAUUGUUUCUUUUCUUCUUCCGAUAAGCCCACACAAUUAUUAUUUUGGAGCAGAAUAACACACGGUAUAUAGUGCUGGGUAUAUUUGUAAAUAUAUUCAAAUAUGUAUAAAUAUAUAUUAUAUAUUUACAGUGAAUUAUUUUUUGUAUGGAUUCCCACAAUAAUCCCCCCUCCCCCAUUCUUGGAGGUGGACCAAUGAGAUUCUGCCCAGGUGCUGACCCUGCCCUGUGAGUGGCUUAUGCACCUGUCACUCAAUCACCACAGUGGAGUUUUGGCCUUCAGGGAGAGGUAGCAUGUUAAUUUAUUGACUUAUGUUUUUAAAAAUGUAAAAAAAAAAAGAACAAAAACAAUAAUAAAAUAAAUAAUAAUAUUAAUAAUAAUGAUAAAUAAUCCAUUCUGUUUGUUGUAAUUUAAAAUGAUCUUUCAGCAGAGGCAAGAGAAAAAAUAUUUUAGUGGGUAUUUGAAAGAUCAUUGUUUUAUAUAUAUAUAUAUAUAUAUAUGUAUAUAUAUGUAUAUGUAUACAUAUAUAUGUAUAUAUUUAUAUCCAUGUUAAGUUUAAAUUCUGUACAUUCUGUACAUUUUAGAGUCCGCUAAUCCCAUCCAUUCAUAGAUUUGUUUUCAUCCGUUUGUCCACUCAUGAGCUGUAUGUGAAAUGAGAAAAUAGCGCAUCUGUUUGUCCACUCAUGAGCUGUGUGUGAAAUGAGAAAAUAGCGCAUAUGAAUAUAUGAUGGACUCACCACUGCUGCUCCGCUACUUCAUCUAGACUAAAUUUAGAUUCCACAGUGUUGACACCAGAAAAAAAUGAUUUAAGGUGAGAAUGAACAAAAGUAUUAAAAAAAUCAUUCGUGUUUUCUACAGGACCAAUUAAAAUGUUUUCUGCGGGUGUGUUUUUGACACUUUUGCAAAAUUAAAGAUGAAAAUCGUA